AAGGUUGCUGGUGGUACUGUUCAGUGGUCUCUGAAAGGACGGGAUGUUUCUAAGCUCUCUGUUGUUUUUGUUUUUCUCAAGCAGAUCUUCCGUUGUUUACACCUGCCACAGCUGAAUCUCCCAUCUGCACAUUUGGACAAGAUGUCUUCAAGCAUCACAUUUGUUAGAUGAAUUCUUACGUAAAUACAGCAUAUCUAAACAAAGGAACCUGAAAUGGAGCCUAAAGAGGACAAAAAACCCAACGGGCAGCCCUCCGAGGAGAAGAAGGCUAAUGGGCAGCCAGCAGAGGACAAGGCAUCCAGUGCCAAUUCUGCAGAAAAGCAGCAAGUGGAUGGACAAGCAACCGAGGACAAACAAGCUGAUGGAAAUGCAGCUGCUGCCAUGGUGAAGGAAACGGGCUACUAUGAUACGCUGGGGGUGAAGCCAAGUGCCACCUCGGAUGAGAUCAAGCGGGCCUACCGCAAGUUAGCCCUGAAGUUCCAUCCGGACAAGAAUCCCAGCGAGGGCGAGCGGUUUAAACUCAUAUCCCAGGCUUAUGAAGUUCUGUCAGACCCAAAGAAAAGAGACCUCUAUGACCAGGGUGGGGAGCAAGCUAUUAAAGAAGGAGGCCUAAGUGGCGGCAAUUUCUCUUCACCCAUGGACAUCUUUGACAUGUUCUUUGGUGGUGGAGCCAGAAUGAAUAGAGAAAGAAGAGGAAAGAACGUUGUCCAUCAGUUGAGUAUAUCCCUUGAAGACUUGUACAAUGGAGCCACAAGAAAGCUGGCGCUUCAGAAGAAUGUAAUUUGUGAUAAGUGCAAAGGCCUCGGUGGAAAGAAAGGUGCUGUGGAAAAGUGUCCUACAUGCAAAGGAAGAGGAGUGCAGGUGCUUGUUCAGCAGAUCGCACCUGGAAUGGUGCAGCAAAUCCAGACUGUUUGUCCAGACUGUAAAGGCCAAGGGGAACGAAUAAAUCCCAAAGACAGAUGCACCACCUGCAAUGGCAACAAGGUGGUUAGAGAGAAAAAAAUAAUAGAAAUACACAUUGACAAAGGUAUGAAAGAUGGUCAGAAAAUAGUAUUUCACGGAGAAGGUGACCAGGAACCUGAUUUGGAACCUGGAGAUGUCAUCAUUGUGCUAGAUCAGAAAGACCACCCAGUGUUUCAGAGAAGAGGCAACGACUUAAUUAUGAAAAUGAAAAUUCAGCUCACGGAAGCCUUGUGUGGCUUCAAAAAGACAAUUGAUACCUUGGAUGACAGAGUCCUUGUAAUAACUUCCAAAGCAGGUGAAGUGAUAAAGCAUGGAGAUGUCAAAUGCAUCAUAAAUGAGGGAAUGCCAAUUUACAAGUCACCAUUGGAAAAAGGUUCCCUAAUAAUUCAGUUCUUGGUUGCAUUCCCAGAGCAUCAGUGGCUUUCCAAGGAACAGCUACCCUUGUUAGAAGCUCUGCUUCCUCCAAGAGAAGAAGUAAUGAUUUCAGAAGACAUGGAUCAAGUUGAUCUUGUUGAAUUUGAUCCAAGAGAGCGAGCCUUCCGUACUCAUGGGGAAGCCUAUGAGGAGGAUGACGAAGGUCCUAGAACUGGUGUGCAGUGUCAGACAUCUUGAACUGGAGGUGUAACUGGACUGCUAGUGACAGAUUCAAAAAUUGGCUUUUGAAGCCACUUGUCAUGUUCAGCACAGAGAUGCUGAGUAUCAUUUUUGUAACUAUAUAUUUAAGCGUUCAUGCAAAAAAAAAAAAAACCACACCAAAAAAAUCCCUCUGUAGCAAGACUUGAGUAUACUGCAACUUGGUUGAAUAAGCACUUCCAGUUUCUCUAAAAAUCCCUAAUAUAGAAAUAAUUUUCAGAACACUAUUUACAUAAAACAGCUAUAGUUUCAGCUCAAUGGGCUGUUCUCUAAACCUGAUUGCUGUAAAACUGAAUUAUUGCUUCAAAUAAAACAGGACCAUUCUG